GUGGUCUCCAUUCACAUAGAUGGAUCGUGGUAGGCCUUGCUGAAGUGGCCUCUGCCGUCCGGGUCGUCCUUCUAGAAUUCGCGGUGCAGUUAUUAGGUGUAUCGAUCUGCAUCAUCUCCAUCAUCCGGGUCGUCCUCAUGGGAUCCGUGGGAUAGUUAUUGGGCGUAAUGAUCGGUGAUGCCAUGGUGCGUCCAUGUCGGGACCUCGUGUGGGUGAUCGUCUGUCCGAUGAUGAUUUACUAUGUGAGGGCCGUCCUGCUGUUCAUCGUGUCGUUGGCUCUGCAUCUACUGGGGUUCGAGGUCAGACUUCAUCUGCUGCUGAUUUGCGUCGACGGCACAAAGAGAUCCGACUGGGAAACGUCCUGUUAAUUGCGAUGUUGUUGCAGAUCACGCGGAGCCGUUGUGUGCACUCAACCUUCUACUACUUUGUGUGUGCUAUUUUGUAUUACAGGUUAUCAGGCUUAGAUCUGCUUGCAUAUUCCUUCAUUGUUUUGUGUCAGUUUGAUAUGAAUACGUAGCCUACCUUAUGUAUUGGAAACUGUUGUUGAAACCGUUGCUGGGUGAUGUCCAGUUCGA